AUGUCGUCGCCGGCACCUUCCCCACUACUUCGUCGUCGGGGCCAUAGGGGCAACCUUGAGAUCAAGACUUCAUUCACCACUAAUGUCAGCGAAUCUAUCCUUACUCUGGAAGACGAGCUCGCCGAGGCCCUAGACAGCACAUUUCUCGAAGUCGCGACAGAGACCGGUGGUGGUACCGUUACGGAGCCUGGUGACGCGCAAGACAGCCGCGAUCGGACUGCAGAGGUACAGUCUCAGAUCGACAAAGAUUCCCCAGCCAUGACUUCAACUCGUCCAUCAUCCCAGUCAGUCCACGGUGACGACUCGUUCAUGAAGAUCAAUGAAGAAGGUCUCAAGGAAUGGCGCAAGCGUUUCGAAAAGAUGAAAGCAGCACUGACUUCAGAGACAAAUGAGUCUGGAGGUACACAUCAGAGAACCACAGUUGCCUUGCUCAACCACGCGUCCGCGAUCUACAACUGGCUAACAAAGUCUGUGACACCAUAUCUGGUAGACCUAGCAUCCCAGAAGAAGACGUUGCAGGACGAGAAUGAUUGGCUUCGUCGCGAGAUCGAACUGCUGCAGGACGAAACUGGGGAGCUACUGGAGGCAUACUGGGGCGAGUGUGAGGUCAGCAGGGGCAAAACAUCGAUGCUGCUGGAGAUGAAGGGCAUGCUGGAUGAGAUCGCUCGAACGGAAAACCAGGGCGAGGCGAGCGUUCAAAUCUGA